CAACAAUCCGCGCAUUUGCCCUUCACCUGAGAUUUCGCACUCGUAGCUCCGUCUCAAUCAGCUACGCCCAGCUACGGCUUCCAAUCAUACUGCGCUAGGCCCAAACUGCGCUUUCACUCAACAAUGGCGCGCGGCCGGCCAUCUCGAGCUGCCGCCCGUCGCAGCACGCCCGCGCGCAGCGCAACGCCCCAGCAAGACAGCGACAUAGAAAUGGACGACGCAGUGGAGUCGCGCGCAGAGUCGCCCAAGGAAGAGGAGGAGGAGGAACCCGAGGCCGCACCCGAAGAGGAGGAGGAGGAAGUUGCCUCAGAACGCUCGCCGUCGCCAGCAAUCGUUCAGCCAUUCCCGCGCAAGAAGCGGCUUGGACGCCCUCCGAAGAACAGGCCGCCAGACUGGAACCAGGACCCCGAGAAUGUCUCUGAGGGCGGCACACCCAUCAAGCGCAAGCGCGGGCGGCCAGCAGGCGGAGGUCGCGGACGCCCGCCAAAGGGUGGGCCGUCGCAUACAACGCGCGUGCCGAUUGACAAGGAGGGCAACAUGAUGGACGUCAUCAACGACGAGGUCGAUCUGCCCGAGGACGCCGAGGGCGAGCAGAAGGUCGACAAGAUGGGCAACCUCCAGGGCGGCCGCGACUACCGCGUGCGCAUAUUCACAAUCAAGGGCAGAGGCGAGCGGCAGUACAUGCUGUCGACCGAGCCGGCGCGUUGCUGCGGCUUCAGGGACAGUUACCUGUUCUUCACCAAGCACAUGCAGCUCUUCAAGAUCAUCAUCGAUGACACCGAGAAGCGCGACCUGAUUGACCGCGAGAUCAUCCCCCACUCCUACAAAGGUCGCGCCAUUGGUGUCGUCACAGCGCGCUCCGUCUUCCGAGAGUUUGGUGCCCGCAUCAUCAUUGGCGGCAAGCGCAUCAUCGACGACUACUACGCGACUGCCGCGCGCGAGCGAGGCGACGUCGAGGGCGAGCUCGCAGACCCCAACGAUCGCCUGCCAGCAUCGGGCGAGCCAUACAACAAGAACCAGUAUGUCGCCUGGCACGGCGCGAGCAGCGUCUACCACACUGGCGUCCCCAGCGUGCCCACAGCCAAUGGCAAGCCCGUUCCGGGAAAGAAGAAGGUCAACAUCACGUCUGCGAACUGGCAAUUCGAGCACGGUCGAGCAGCCAGCCGCUUCAACGCAUCCCUCUCUGCGAUCCGCCGCGCGAACUUGGCCAACGGCACCUACGAUCCCCACACAAACCUGAUGUGCUAUCCCAAAACCACACAGCCGACCCACGCGAGAUGGGAACAGGUCCCGGCAGCAGAGACAGACGUGCCUCCUGUCGUCGCACAGAAGUACCUCAUCGUCGACCAGAUCUUCCAGAAGCCGCCUUUUGCCGGUCUCGGCAUCCCCGGCCCUGACGCCGACUAUAUCGACGUUGGUCCCAACGGCCUGCCCAAGCUCUCCGACGAGGACUUGGCGGAGAUGAAGCCCGAAGAACGCGAAGUGUUCGAGAGCGUCAAGGCAGAGGAGAAGGAGUGGAGAAGCCAAUGGGACGGCGAGACAACGGACGGAGCGAGGUGUAAGCCACGGAUAGGUUACGUUGGUGUUCCGGUCUAGAAGACCCAGAACACCAGGCAAAGCAAAACUACCGAGCAGAGCAAGAACACCCAGCAAAGCAACGACACGCAGCCAUUUGCAACAGGAGAAACAACGCCGCAGGGGAGUGCGAUGAUAAGCCGAGUAGACUCUGCAAUGGCUCGUCUUGGAGGGAGCACGAGUGCAUGAGGUGUGAUGAUUGAUACCACUAGCUUUGAACGAGGCAGAUAGCAGAUAGAGACUGAACAUCUUUGGUUCAUGCGCUCGCUCACUGCGCACUUCCUUUAUACAGCCAGUGCCUUCGCUGUGCCGCCUUCGGCGUAUCUGCCCACUACUUCACCACAUACAUGUGAUAAC